AUGUCCUUGUCCAUCGAUACCACCACCGACGGCGCACCCGUUGCCAACAAGGAAGGCCAUUCACGCGUCUCUGGCCCCUCGGAGAUGCCUUUUUUGCCACUGCGACGUGCUAAUCUGCCGACGCCUCGGAUGCGAGCAUCGCCGUGCCAGGUGCACCGACAUCUGACAUUUUUCCAUCUCGGCAUCAGAUCAGACAGCCAGUCCGCCUUGACCACGCACUUGCCGCGCCCGCGCUCCAGCUCCAAGGGCCGGAAAUUGGACGACGAGCAGCUGGGGUGGUAUCAGGCCGCAACGGCAUCACUUGGGCUAACGACAUGGUUCUCGAUCCACGGACGACCUGGCCUAUCGUGA